AUGGAUUCCAGAGCCGCUUUGCCACUUAAUUUACUAGGGCAGAGAGGGAGUUCUUUUGUUGAAUUCUCUUUUCUGCAUAAUCUAUCCAAACUUCCCAUGGAAUUUCUCUGGCCAAAAGAUGAGUUGGUUAGUGCUGAUAAAGAGCUAAUGGAGCCAGAAGUAGAUCUCGAGGGUUUCUUCAAAGGUGAUGAAGAGGAAACAUGGAAAGCUGCCGAAAUGAUCAAGGCUGCUUGCUUGAACCAUGGCUUCUUUCAGGUCAUCAAUCAUGGUGUUGAUCUCAAUCUGAUCAGUGCUGCUCACCGUCAGAUUGACCUUUUCUUUAGCCUUCCGACUACUGAAAAAAUAAGGGCUCGGCGGAUGCCAGGCAGCUUAUCGGGCUAUUCUGGUGCCCAUGCUGAUCGAUAUUCGUCCAAAUUGCCCUGGAAAGAGACGUUAUCUUUCGGCUACCACGAAAACAGUUCGGAUCCUGUUGUGCUGGAUUUCUUCAAAAUUACUCUCGGAGAAGAUUUUGUGCAGACAGGAAUGGUUUAUCAAAAGUACUGCGAAGCAAUGAAGAACUUGUCUCUUUCCAUAAUGGAACUACUGGCAAUCAGCUUAGGAGUUGAUCGACACCAUUAUAAGAAGUUCUUUCAAGACGGCUGCUCUAUGAUGAGGUGCAAUUUCUAUCCAAAAUGCCAAGAGCCAGAUCUCGCUCUUGGCACGGGACCCCAUAGUGAUCCAACAUCCUUAACCAUACUUCACCAGGAUCAUGUUGAAGGGCUUCAAGUUUUUGCGAACAACAUGUGGCAGACUGUUAAACCUCGCCAUGGUGCCCUAGUCAUCAACAUUGGCGACACCUUCAUGGCAUUGUCAAAUGGUGUAUACAAGAGUUGCCUGCAUAGGGCAGUGGUUAAUAAAUAUGAGGCUAGGAAAUCGUUAGCAUUCUUUCUUUGUCCAAGGGAAGACAAGGUGGUAACACCGCCCAAGGAUCUUGUUAGCAGGGAAGGGAAAAGGAUCUAUCCAGAUUUCACAUGGUCAGAUUUGCUUCAUUACACACAAAAGUACCAUAGAGCUGACAAUGCAACCCUCCAAAAUUUCAUCAAAUGGCUCCUUUCUUCCCAGUCAGGAAAGGUUUAGCAGCCUACCUAGCUUGCCUCUUAAUAAUAUUAUGUGCCUAGUCUGAGUAGCUAAGGCAUAUGCAAUGCACCUGAAAAGUCAAAAGUUUGGGUCUCCAUUCCCUAUUUCUUAUUAAAAAGAUUAAUAUUUUGUAAUUUAUCUUAAACUAUUUCGAUGUGAUAUGAAUG